AUGGCCUUACCAGCGCGACCGAUUCGAUCAUCCAAGAAAAGGAAAAAUAAAAAGAUCAAGAAAACAGCAUUAGGAAAUAAAUUAGAUGAGCUGAUUUCACAAGAGGCAAAGGCAUCUGCUGCAAUUAUGGCGAAGCUGUUGGGUCAGGGUUCUUUGAAUAGGAAUGAUGAAAUCCAAAAUGAAGAUUAUCGUACAUAUGAGGGCGGCCAGGACUCCAUUUGGACCGAUGACGAAGAUGACGAACCAAACACAAAAGAUUAUGUCUCGUACAGAGAGAGGACUCAACGUGAACAAGCGCAGAUGAGAAUUGCUGCACCACUCAUGCGCAUGAAGGAUAUGAAGAAGCUACUUAGGGAAAGUCGAACCAAGCUCAAUCAUCUGCUUCAAGAUCCUAGCUACACGAUUGACUACAUCAAGGCCCAAUGGAACCGACAACGUGAAUGUCAGCUCAAAGUCAUUGGCACCGACAGCAUCAAAGCAUUGACGGAUAAGCUAGCCCAUCUGGUAGACUUAGAGGAAACAUUGCACCAAUCACAAUUGGAGCUAAGGGACCUUCGACGUAAGCGACGUUGCACUCGAAAUGAAGCUGACGAGCGGCGCAUCUUGCGUCUGCCAGAGACUCUGACUCUAUUUGAAGAGGAGAUCGAUUCUUUGAUUGACGAGCUUGGGGCAGAAGAGUUUAGAAAUAUACCUGGAGCAGAUACUACACGAGGAAGGGCCAUGAUUCGAUUACGAGUGUCAAAGGGAAGGCUUUAUGACGCAAAGGUUGGUGUUUUGGAGGCAGCAAAGCAAGCGAAUGAGAGGGCAGAUGAAUCACUCGAAGAUGAACACAACAAGUGGGUGAUGGAACUUGUAACACCAAAUCGACCUCAUUGCCAACAGUGGAACAACUUGAUGGAACAAGUCGGGCAUAUAUGGGGAGAUAUUGUACAAACUCCAAUCAUUCGAGGGGAAGAUUGGGAAGAGGGGUUGGAGAACAACGAAGAAGAUGAUCCUGAUGACCUAAAUGAAGUGGAUCCAAUUUUUGUACCAACAUGA